UGAACAGAGUGCAUUGCGCCGCGACAGGAUCGUGUCGGAUAGACGUGCACUUGUCUCCCUGUUCUGUGCGGGUCUGUGUUGUUGUCGUUGUCACCUGACGGAGCACAAAUUAACAUGAGCAAGGGGAAGAUCGGCAUCGUCGGAAGCGGCCUCAUUGGCCGCAGCUGGGCAAUGCUGUUUGCCAGCGCCGGCUACGACGUUGCCCUCUUCGACGUCGACCCCGCCAAAAUCGAUGAAGCUCUCGCCGAUAUCGAGAAACAGCUCAAAUCGCUGCAAGACAAGCGCCUCCUCCGCGGAACCCUUUCUGCGGAAGAACAACACAGUCUUGUGCACAAGGCUGCCUCCUUGGCUGACUGCGUCCGCGGGUCCUUGCACGUUCAGGAAUGUGUCUUCGAAAAUCUCGAGUUGAAGCAGAAAGUAUUCGAAGAGCUAGACGAAAAAGCAGACGACAACGUGGUCCUGUGCAGUUCCAGCAGCUGCUUUCCCCCGUCAAAGUUCAGUGCCAAUCUCAAGCACCGUAAGCAAGUCAUUGUGGGACAUCCGGUGAACCCUCCCUACUACGUCCCGUUGGUGGAAAUCAUCCCAGCUCCGUGGACAGAUCCGCAGGUGACCUCGCGGACGCGAGCGAUAAUGCUGGACAUCGGACAGAAACCCGUCGUGCUCAAGAAGGAAGUCGAAGGAUUUGUACUCAACCGUAUUCAGUACGCCAUCCUCAACGAAUGCUGGAGGCUCAUUGACGAUGGAGUAAUGGACACAGCAGACGUAGAUACCGUCAUGUCCGAGGGGCUGGGGAUGAGGUAUGCUUUCCUCGGACCGUUGGAAACUGCGCAUCUAAACGCCCAAGGUAUGCUGGAAUAUUGCGACAAAUACGCCAAGGGCAUCGUGAAGGUUUCCGAGACGUUCGGACCUGUUCCCAGCUACGACGGAGCAACUUUGGAGAAAGUGAAUGCCGAGCUUGUGGCAAAGAUGCCUCUACAAGACCUGCCAAAGUGGAGGCAAUGGAGGGAUUCCCAACUUGCUGCCCUAUCGAAGCUCAAGCGGGAUGCAUCAUGCUCCCACAAAUAGUGUCGAGUGCCUUUCUGUGCUAAACACUAUCACAAUGCAAAGUAUAAUAGAAUAUCGAUCCAAUGUAUUAUAUACAAGCUGUUUAUAAGGGGAAAGUGUUAUUAAUGUUUUUUUUUCUCACUACGAUAACCUUUUUCUUCCAUAACAGAGCUGAAUUAAAAGCUUACAGAAUA